AUGAGCCAAAUUCAUCCCCGGGGAUUGCCAAACGCAGACGUGGAGGAAUGUCCAGGCGAUCCUUCCCUCCAGCAUGAUGCCACCAAGAAGCCUAUGACGGCCGAGGAUGCCCUGGAGAUUGCUAUCGGGGAAAGCCAGAAUGUCGAGUAUACGAUCGAUUCUGACAACUCGCCUUAUCUGGAAGUUCGCGCCAAUGUGCCCAACACAGACGACCCGACACUGCCAAUUAAUACCUUUCGGAUGUGGUUUUUGGGUGUUGUAUUUACGUUGAUCGGCACGGGCGUGAAUCAGUUCUUUUCCAUGCGAUAUCCUAGCGUGACUAUUACAUCGCUUGUCGCGCAGCUUAUCAGUUAUCCUGUUGGCUGCUUCUUUGCCAAGGCAUUGCCGAUUAUGUCGAUUCGGGUCUUUGGGUGGGACAUCUCUAUCAAUCCGGACCAUCACUUCAACGUGAAGGAGCAUGCUGUGAUCACGAUCAUGUCGAAUCUCAGCUUUAAUCAAUCUUGGGUACGUCUCUCUCGGUGGAAAGAAAAUUAG